GGUUGUUUGUCCGAAAAUAACCAAGUUUAGUGUUCUAGCUACUGUAUUUAAAUUCAUACCUCUAUAAUAGACGAGAUAUUUGUGCUUUGGUUGUAUCAUAUUUUCUUCUCUUUUGCCGGGAAAUUUUUUCUUUUAAGAGCUUAGAAGGGAAAUUUCCUCAUUUCAAUAAUUCAGAAGAUUCUUAUUUCUCCACAAAUGAAAUAAGUUUUCAGAACUUUAUUUUUGACGAAGACCCAAUUGAAUUUCCAAUUGGGUAAAGUUGAAAUAGAUCGCAACAUCAUUAAUCUUGAAUUCCACCUGAUACUUCUUUCUUAAAAGUUUUUAUUAUUAUGUGAAAAUUUUAUGUUUAUUUAAAUCAAAUUUUUUUUUUUUUUUUUUGGGUCGAUGGAGAUUAACGGAGAUAAUAAUAUCGUAGAAAAUGAAUUAGCGGUUGAAGAAGGUGAUUGUGAAGCACCCAUUUUGAAUUCAAGCGUUUUCUUAGAUCAUGUUGGAGAAGUUCUUCUCACUCAUAAUUCAGAUGGCUUGUCCUGGAAACCCCUCACUUCCUUUGAUAAUGAUGGAUCAUCGUGUUUGAAAAUUAAAUUUAGUGCUAAACUUCCAACUGAAAUCAAAUUUUCUGAUGUCUAUGCUGUUGAGUUAACCAACUAUGGUUCAAUUCAUAAAGUGAAUCGUCCAAAUGCAGGAAAUAAGUUGUUGGGACGUGAGUCUCUUGAUUCUGAGAUGUUCCGCUUUACGGUGCAUGGUUUCCAAAAGUCAAAAACACAGCCAAAUCUUUGGGUCUUGGCUGUGUACACCUUUGGUCACAAGGAUCUGCCAACAUGUGAGAUGUGGGUGAAUCGACUUAAUGCUUCUUUAAAUUUAGAAGUGGGAAGACCAAAGAAUCUUCUGGUUUUCGUUAAUCCAUUGAGUGGGAAGACUAAUGGCCGUAGAACCUGGGAAAUUGUGGCUCCUAUAUUUGCACGUGCUAAAAUUAAGACAAUGGUGGUUGUUACAGAGAAGGCAGGACAUGCAUUUGAUGUGAUGGCAUCUACUACAAACAAGGAGCUUAACUCAUAUGAUGGUGUUAUAGCUGUUGGUGGAGAUGGUUUGUUCAAUGAAAUCCUUAAUGGCUAUCUUUCUUCAAGAUAUAAAGCUCCUUAUCCACCAGCCCCAUCAGAUUUUGUUCAUUCUGUUUGGAGCAAUGAAUGUUCUUUAGUUCACAAUCCUGAUGAAAAAGUUGCUGAGGUUUUUGAUCAGAAUGAUGGCCAGUAUCCUUGUUUGCCAAGUUCACAACAUAAUGGGUCAGGAUUAUCAAAUUUCUUUCAAGAUUCUGAGUUUCCCUACCCCAAGGAAUGGUUUAGGUUUGGAAUCAUUCCUGCUGGUUCAACUGAUGCCAUAGUGAUGUGUACUACUGGAGCUCGAGAUCCUGUAACAUCUGCACUGCACAUUGUCCUGGGAAAAAGGGUGUGCCUUGAUAUAGCUCAAAUUGUGAGUUGGAGAGAAACAGCUGCAUCAAAGGUUGAACCUCGUGUACGAUAUGCGGCUUCUUUUGCUGGGUAUGGAUUUUAUGGAGAUGUGAUUACUGAGAGUGAAAAAUAUCGGUGGAUGGGCCCAAAGCGAUAUGAUUAUGCAGGAACAAAAGUGUUUUUGAGACACAGGUCAUAUGAAGCAGAAAUAGCUUACCUUGAAGUUGAAUCAGGAAAGACAAAUACAAUUCCUGAUAGAGGUCGUCGAUUUGGUAGAUUACAGACAUCAGGAAGUCCAAAUAAAUCUGAGAGAGUGAUUUGUCGAACAAAUUGCAACAUCUGCAACAAAAAGUCAAGUCGUCCAACACCAUACUCCCGUCCUGAAGAAACAAGAUGGUCGCGAUCCAAAGGACGUUUUCUUAGUAUUGGCGCUGCCGUAAUCUCUAACCGUAAUGAAAGAGCACCUGAUGGUUUGGUGGUUGAUGCACACCUUUCAGAUGGCCUAUUGCAUCUCAUAUUGAUUAAAGACUGUCCUCAUGCUUUAUAUUUAUGGCACUUGACCGAGCUUGCAAGGAAAGGUGGAAACCCCCUCAACUUCGAGUUCGUGGAACAUCACAAGACUCCGGCUUUCACAUUUACUUCUUCUGGAAAUGAAAGUGUCUGGAAUUUAGAUGGUGAGGUCUUUCGAGCACACCAACUCUCUGCUCAAGUAUUCCAAGGCCUUAUUAGCUUAUUUGCAUCCGGUCCCGAAGUUUAGUAGACGACCACAUGCAAGAGUUUCUACAAAGAAUCUCCAAUAUACCUAUGUGCAACACUCAGCUAAUUUCAAUUGAUAUGUUUUUUGUAACAUAUCCAGAAGGAGUUCUAAAAUCUAUAGAGUUUUGUGUUGUCUCUAAUGGCAUCGAUUUGAAGUUUAAUUUUAUGUUUCGGAAAUCGCAGUUAAUAAACCUUCAAGUUCUGAAGUUCCCUCCAACUUUUUGCUCUGGAGGGUUGUAUAG